AUGAAGUUCUAUAUCGAUGAGCUGCCGGUGCUCUUCCCAUACCCUAAGAUCUAUCCCGAGCAGUACUCGUAUAUGGUGGACCUGAAGCGGACGCUGGACGUCAAAGGCCAUUGUGUGCUCGAGAUGCCUUCCGGGACAGGCAAGACAUUUUAUCCCGGUGGCCGCAAGCUCAUUUACUGCUCGCGAACAGUGCCCGAGAUUGAAAAGGCGCUGGCGGAGCUGAAGCGCCUGAUGGCCUACCGUGCCAAAUACAAUCAGGCCGCGAGUAAUGUGGACGAGGGCGCGAUGGAAGUCGACUCGGAGGGCUCAGGAAAGAUGGAAGACAUGCUGGCGCUCGGACUGAGUAGCCGCAAGAACAUGUGCAUCCAUCCCACUGUGAGCCAGGAGCGAAAAGGCAAGGUCGUCGAUGCCAUGUGCCGCGACAUGACCAGUGCUUGGGCAUGUGCGAAAGGGCGCGAGGAUCCGGGGAGCGUGCAGCUCUGUGACUUUCACGAGGAGCUCGGUAAGCUCGAUCCGGGUCACCUCAUUCCCCCUGGCGUCUGGACGCUCGAGGAGGUCAAAGACUACGGCCGCGACAAAGGUGUAUGUCCCUACUUUGCCGUGCGUCGCAUGAUGCCCUUCUGUGAUAUCAUCAUUUACAGUUUCCAUUACCUGCUCGACCCUAAGGUCGCCGAAAUGGUGAGCAAGGAGAUGAGCAAGGAUGCAAUUGUCGUCUUUGACGAGGCGCACAAUAUCGAUAACGUGUGCAUCGAGUCGUUGAGCAUUGACCUCACGCGCCCGACGCUCGACAGUGCCUACCGCUGCAUUAACCAGCUCGCGGACAAGGUCGACGAGGUAAAAAAGGCGGACUCGUCCAAACUCCAGGACGAGUAUUCGCGGCUGGUCGAAGGUCUGCAGCAGCAAAGCGACGACCGCGAGGCCGAGACGUUCAUGGCGAACCCUGUCCUGCCGAGCGACCUGCUCCAGGAAGCCGUGCCCGGCAAUAUCCGUCGUGCCGAGCAUUUUUUGGCCUUUUUGCGGAGAUUUGUCGAGUAUCUCAAGACACGCAUGCGCGUGUUGCACGUCGUCGCCGAGACGCCGGCGAGUUUCUUGCAGCACCUCAAAGAAAUCACAUUUAUCGAGCGCAAACCGCUCCGGUUCUGUGCAGAGCGUCUGCGCAUGCUGGUGCAGACGCUGGAACUGACACGCAUUGACGAGUACAUCUCGCUGCAGACGGUUGCCUUUUUUGCGACGCUCGUGUCGACGUACGACAAAGGCUUCCUUUUGAUCCUCGAGCCGUUCGAGACGGAAAAUGCAACGGUGCCGAACCCCAUCUUUCACUUUACGUGCCUCGACGCGAGUCUUGCCAUCGCACCCGUCUUUGAGCGCUUUAGCAGCGUGAUCAUUACGAGUGGUACAAUCAGUCCCCUCGACAUGUACCCCAAGAUGCUCAAGUUUGACACAGUGGUGCAGGAAAGUUAUACCAUGACGCUUACGCGGCAAUGUUUCCUGCCGCUGGUCAUUACGCGUGGCAGCGACCAAGUCGCGAUCAGCUCGCGUUUCGAGGUGAGAAACGACCCUUCGGUCGUGCGCAACUAUGGCAAUAUCUUGAUUGAGUAUGCCAAGUGCACGCCCGACGGUGUCGUUGCCUUCUUCCCAUCCUACCUGUACAUGGAGAGCAUUGUCGCUGCAUGGCACGAUAUGGGCAUUCUCGACGAGGUGUGGAAGCACAAACUCGUGUUUGUCGAGACGCCCGACGCGCCCGAGACGAGUAUCGCGCUGGAAAACUACCGUCGCGCGUGCGACAACGGCCGUGGUGCGAUCCUACUGUCUGUCGCGCGAGGCAAGGUGUCGGAAGGUAUCGAUUUCGACCACAACUAUGGCCGAGCUGUGAUUAUGUUUGGCGUGCCCUACCAGUAUACCGAGUCGCGUAUUCUGAAAGCGCGUCUCGAGUUCCUCCGCGACAAUUUCCGCAUCAAGGAAAACGACUUUUUGACUUUCGACGCGAUGCGCCACGCCGCGCAAUGUGUCGGUCGUGUUUUGCGCGGUAAGUCGGACUAUGGAUUGAUGGUCUUUGCCGACAAGCGCUUUGCGCGUGCCGACAAGCGCAGCAAGCUGCCCAAGUGGAUUGCGCAGUACAUUGAGCCUGUCUUUAACAACCUAUCUAUGGACAUGGCCAUUGUCGAGAGCAAGCGCUUUAUGCGAUCGAUGGGCCAGCCCUUCCCUGCUGGCAAGAACGGCAUCAGUCUAUGGGAUCUGGAGGACAUUGAGCGGCGGCAGGCCAAGGAGCGCCUCGCUCUCGAGCGACUCAUGCAAGAAGACAGCGACGAUUGGGUCUCGAAGCAUCAUGUCGCCGAUGGCGCUGCCGACGACGACGUCCACCUCGCCGACGAGUUCGACCAUGAGUUUGGCAGCGGCGCCGACCUCGCCGCCGCGGUCACUGCGUAA